CGGCGCUCUGGAGGUCGCUCCCGUGCCGAGCGCUCGGAAGAAUCCUUCGUCCGCCGAGCACUCCAAGUUGAGCAGGGCAAUUUGGCUUUGAUGCUGUGCCAGGACCCCUCUGACAAUGAGUUACUGGCACCUGGAGAAAAGGAGCCGUGUGCAGUACCGCAGGCAUUUUCUGGUGGACAACAGCGUGUUUCACGUUGAAAGAUGCAUGAGUGUAAUGCAGUCCGGGACACAGAUGAUCAAACUGAAGCGUGGGACCAAAGGGCUUGUCCGGCUCUUUUACCUGGAUGAGCAUCGGACCCGCCUCCGAUGGAGACCCUCCAGGAAAAGCGAGAAGGCAAAAAUCCUUAUUGACUCCAUCUACAAAGUCUCCGAGGGCCGGCAGUCUGAGAUAUUCCACAGACAGGCGGAGGGUAACUUUGACCCCAGCUGCUGCUUCACCAUAUACCAUGGGAACCACAUGGAGUCCCUGGACCUCAUCACCUCCAACCCCGAGGAGGCCCGCACCUGGAUCACGGGCCUCAAGUACCUGAUGGCUGGCAUCAGUGACGAAGAUUCCCUCGCCAAAAGGCAAAGGACUCACGACCAGUGGGUGAAGCAGACCUUUGAGGAGGCUGAUAAGAACGGUGACGGCUUAUUGAAUAUUGAAGAGAUACACCAAUUGAUGCAUAAACUAAAUGUCAACCUACCCCGAAGAAAAGUCAGGCAGAUGUUUCAGGAAGCAGAUACAGAUGAGAAUCAGGGAACUCUGACAUUUGAAGAGUUCUGUGUUUUUUACAAAAUGAUGUCAUUGAGACGGGACCUUUAUUUGUUGCUCCUGAGCUACAGUGACAAGAAAGAUCACCUAACUGUGGAAGAACUGGCUCAGUUUUUGAAGGUGGAACAAAAGAUGAAUAAUGUGACAACAGAUUAUUGUCUUGACAUCAUAAGGAAAUUUGAAGUUUCAGAGGAAAAUAAGGCGAAAAACGUUCUUGGCAUAGAAGGCUUCACUAACUUCAUGCGAAGUCCUGCUUGUGACGUUUUUAACCCAUUGCACCAUGAAGUGUAUCAGGACAUGGAUCAGCCCCUGUGCAACUACUACAUCGCGUCCUCGCAUAACACGUACCUGACCGGGGACCAGCUCCUGUCGCAGUCCAAGGUGGACAUGUACGCGCGGGUGCUGCAGGAGGGCUGUCGCUGCGUGGAAGUGGACUGCUGGGACGGCCCAGACGGGGAGCCUGUCGUCCACCACGGCUACACUCUCACUUCCAAAAUCGCCUUCCGCGACGUCGUGGAGGCCAUCGACAAGCACGCCUUCGUCAGCAACCCGUUCCCGGUCAUCCUGUCCAUCGAGAAUCACUGCAGUGUCCAGCAGCAAAGGAAGAUUGCUCAGUACCUGAAGGGAAUAUUCCAGGACAAACUGGACCUGUCGUCUAUAGACACGGGAGAGACCAAGCAGCUUCCAAGCCCUCAAAGUUUGAAAGGCAAGAUACUAGUGAAGGGUAAGAAGUUGCCUUAUCACCUUGGAGACGACGCCGAGGAAGGGGACGUUUCCGAUGAAGACAGCGCAGAUGAAAUUGAAGACGAGUGCAAGUUCAGGCUCCAUUAUAAUAACGGGACCACUGAGCACCAGGUGGAGUCUUUCAUAAGGAAAAAACUGGAGUCCCUGUUAAAAGAAUCUCAAAUUCGAGACAAAGAAGAUCCUGAUAGUUUCACAGUGAGGGCACUCCUGAAGGCCACGCAUGAAGGCUUAAACGCACACCUGAAGCAGCAUCCAGAUGUGAAGGAGAGUGGAAAGAAAUCUCAUGGUCGAUCCCUCGUGACCAACUUUGGAAAACACAAGCAGAAAACCACCAAAUCACAGCCUAAAUCUUACAGCACCGACGACGAAGAGGACCCACAGCAGGCUCCUGGCAAGGAGAUCGGCCAGUUGUGCAGGUUGGGUCGCCGGAGGAAAACCAUGAAGCUCUGCCGAGAGCUCUCUGACUUGGUGGUGUACACAAACUCCGUGGCAGCCCAGGACAUCGUGGACGAUGGAACCACAGGAAAUGUGUUAUCAUUCAGUGAAACGAGGGCACAUCAGGUGGUUCAGCAGAAAUCAGAGCAGUUCAUGAUCUAUAACCAGAAGCAGCUCACGAGGAUCUACCCCUCGGCCUACCGCAUUGACUCCAGCAACUUCAACCCCCUGCCCUACUGGAACGCGGGCUGCCAGCUAGUGGCUCUGAACUACCAGUCCGAAGGGCGAAUCAUGCAGCUAAAUCGAGCCAAAUUCAAGACGAAUGGCAACUGUGGCUAUGUCCUCAAACCCCAGCAAAUGUGCAAAGGUACUUUCAACCCUUUCUCGGGUGAUCCACUUCCUGCCAACCCCAAAAAGCAGCUCAUCCUGAAAGUGAUCAGUGGACAACAACUCCCCAAACCUCCUGACUCCAUGUUUGGAGACCGAGGAGAGAUCAUUGAUCCUUUUGUUGAAGUUGAAAUUAUUGGAUUGCCAGUUGAUUGUUGUAAAGAUCAAACCCGUGUGGUGGAUGACAAUGGAUUUAACCCUGUGUGGGAAGAAACCCUGACAUUUACAGUGCACAUGCCAGAAAUAGCUUUGGUUCGGUUCCUGGUGUGGGAUCACGAUCCUAUUGGACGAGACUUUGUUGGACAAAGAACUGUGACCUUCAGCAGCUUAGUGCCUGGUUACCGGCAUGUCUAUUUGGAAGGACUGACAGAAGCAUCCAUAUUUGUCCACAUAACAAUCAAUGAAAUCUAUGGAAAGAGCAGGCAGCUGCAGGGCCUCCGGGGGCUGUUCCACAAGCACCCCCGGCAGGCGGCCUCCGAGGGCGGCGCCCUCUGCCUUCGCAAGCGGUCGCUGGGGGAGCGGAUCCUGCGGCGCUCGGCCAGCGCCCCGGCCAAGGGCAGGAAGAAGAGCAAAGUGGGCUCCCAGGAGACGGUGGAGAUGAAGGAUGCCGCGUGCGAGGCGGCCCGAGCGCAGGACGGCCCGCGCCCCGCCUCCAUGCCCGUGGACCGGUGUCUCCCGGGGCCGCCGUCACCGCCCGCGCCCCGGACAGCAGGCCCGGCCGGGGCCGCGAGCUCCCUGGAAGAUAAGGAUGGCUUCAGAAACGGGAAGGCAAGUAUAAAAGACCAGCAUUUUCCAGAUUUCAACAAAAAGUUAUCUUCUUCCUCCAGCGCUCUUCUCCACAAAGACAUCGGCCAAGGGGACUCUGCUGUUUGUACUGCCAACCUGCCAGCCCCAGAGCAGGUGGGAGCGCCAGGUCCCAAGGGUGGGAGCACCAAAUCAGCCGUGUCAGGUGCUGGCCAGGAACACCCCUGCCCCAGCAAAUCCCUGUCCCCAGGGCAGCACCUGGCCCUUGACCCUGCAGUCAGCCUAACACAAGAUCUGUGUGGUGUGACAGCCAAGGAAAACGGCAUCGCUGGGGGCUUUGUGGAAGGGAAAAGCACACUGUCGGGAAGCAUCCUUUCGCAGAGCGAUCUGGAGAUGGAAAAUGUGGAAGGUAACUGGGGUAAGGGUAGAGCUGCGGCAUCUUUUUCUCUGUCAGACGUCUCUGCGCUCUGUUCUGACACACCUGAGUUACAUUCCACCGCCAUCCUGCGGGACAGUGACAUUUCCCAUCUUAUUGACAAUGUCACUUUUACCAAUGAGAGUGAGCCGGGCAGCUCCGUCUCAGCACUGAUUGGCCAGUUUGAUGAGACCAGGGAUCAGGCGAACGUCACCGUUGUUUCUCAGCUUCAUGGCACCAGUGUGAGGUCAGGCCAUCCUCCCUUGCCCACCGUGGACCUAAAAAUGCCCUUCAAGCAUGGCUUUUCCAAGGGGAAACCCCAGUCAUCCUUACUGUGUUCCUCUCCUGAGCGGGUCGCAUUCUUAGGUCCUGAGACCGCCGAACACUCAGCACGCACAGUUGUUUGUGAAACCGCCUGCACUCGGAAUGACUCUAAGACCAAACCAGACGAUGCCCCUUCUGGUAAGGCCAAGACAGGGGCCUUGGAAAGCAACCCGCCUCCUCCCUCUAAUACUUCUCACUGCUGGUUACCCAAAACUCCCACCAGUGGGAAAGACUGGGAAAUACUGAAGAUCCACGGCCCUGCUUCUUCCACUGACCUGACACUGGGAGAUGCGAUAGCCGAUCCCGCUCUCGGUUUGGUUUCUGGGGAAAGCAGUCUCGUGGAAGUGGGUGGAGACUCAGAAAAUCUGUCUGUAACCACCUAUGAAUAUAGGCCAGAAGGCACGAGUCACCUGGCUUCUCCUUUAAAACUCAAGUACAGUCAGGAUGUGGUGGAACAUUUUCAAAGAGGCUUGAGAAACGGCUACUCUAAAGAGACUCUCCACCCUUCUGUCUCUGAAAUAUUCAAUGAUAUUCAAGAUGUCAAAAAUCAAAGUAUUUCUUCUCUAGCCUAUCAGGGUGCUGCUUUUAUGCACAAGCACUUCUCAAAUUCAGAUGCCAAAAUGAACCAGACCUGUGGGCCCCCAUCCAGUGCUCAAAACUUGCAUGCCCCUGUGCCCAAGCCAUCCCCACACCCUCCCCUGCCUGUUCUGAAGCUGCCCAGUCCUUGCAAAUCCAAAAGUCUGGGGGACUUAACAUCGGAGGACAUUGCCUGCAAUUUUGAAAGCAAGUACCAGUGCAUUAGUAAGAGUUUUGUUACAACCGGCAUCAGAGACAGGAAGGGUGUGACUAUGAAGACAGGGUCCUUAGAGCCUAUGGAUGCCCUGACCGAGCAGCUAAGGAAACUUGUCUCCUUCGACCAGGAGGACAGCUGCCAAGUGCUGUAUUCAAAGCAGGAUGCCAGUCAGUUCCCCAAGGCGCUGGUCAGAAAGCUGUCCUCCAGGAGUCAGAGCAGGGUGCGCAACAUUGCCAGUCGUGCCAAGGAAAAGCAGGAAGCCAACAAGCAGAAGGGCGUGAACCCCGCCCCGGAGGGCGGAGUGAUCCUGCGACACCGGCCCGCAGCGGCCCCGCCCGCGGGGAACCGGCACUCCACGGGCUCCUACAUCGCCGGCUACCUGGGCGGCACUGCAAAUAAUGGCUUUCAAAAUGAGGGCUUUCCAGACCCUAACAAUAGUAGCAGAAAUGAAAACUUCGCCCAAAGCUUUUGA